ACAAGUGCAUAAAAAAAUAAAAUUCAAAACCCCAUAAAAAUGGCUGAUGAAACAUUGCAAACCAUACCGCUGGAGAACAAUAUCGAUGCCCAUAUUGUUACAUUAUUUGAACGUCUGGAGGCUAUACGACGCGACAAUCAGUGCAAUGCCCUUAAUAAUCGUUUGUCCAGUACCCUGCAGCCAAAACGUAGUAUGCAGGCCGAAAUCAGAACAUUGGAAUUUUGGAGAUCCAUAAUUAGUGAAUGUUUGGCAUCGUUCUUUUAUGUUUUCAUUGUGUGUGGUGCAGCGGCUGGUGCUGGCGUGGGUGCCAGUGUCUCUUCGGUGUUAUUGGCUACGGCUUUAGCUUCGGGCUUAGCUAUGGGGACCCUAACACAAUGUUUCCUGCAUAUAUCGGGCGCUCACAUAAAUCCAGCCGUUACUUUAGCAUCCUGUGUCAUACGUUCUAUAUCACCUUUAAGAGCUGCUAUGUACAUAACCGCCCAAUGUGGUGGAGGCAUAGCUGGAGCUGCUCUACUUUAUGGUGUCACCGUACCCGGUUAUCAGGGUAAUUUACAAGCAGCCAUAUCUCACAGUGCCACCUUAGCAGCCUGGGAACGUUUUGGUGUGGAAUUUAUUUUAACUUUUGUUGUGGUCUUAACAUAUUUCGUCUCAACGGAUUCUGUUAAAAAAGUUAUGGGACAUUCUGCAUCCUCCAUAGCUGCAGCCUAUAGUGCGUGCAGUUUUGUGUCGAUGCCAUAUUUGAAUCCGGCUCGUUCAUUGGGACCCUCUUUCGUUCUAAACAAAUGGGAUAAUCAUUGGGUUUACUGGUUUGGCCCUUUGGUUGGUGGCAUUGCUUCGGGUAUUGUCUAUGAAUUCAUUUUCAGCACAAAGAGGAAUGCUCGCCACAUUAAGGCAUCCAUGGAUAAUGAGUCGUCAUCCAUGAAUUCCGAAGAUGAAUUGAAUUAUGAUUUGGAUUUGGAGAAGCAAAAUAUGCAAGCCAAAUAUACCGGUACCUUCCAGCGUGGACAAAAUGCUAAUGUACCCCAACAGACUAGUGCUGCUCCACCCAAUGGAAAUGCUGGCAACGGAAAUUAUUGUCAAAAUUUGUACACCGCACCACCUAAAUUCGAUCAACAACAAGAACCCUUAUAUGGUGGCACCCGAUCAAUGUACUGCCGUUCACCCACUUUGACUCGUACCAAUUUGAAUCGUUCUCAGUCGGUCUAUGCCAAGAGUAAUACUGCCAUCAAUCGUGAUAUUGUGCCCAGAUCAGGUCCAUUGGUGCCAGCUCAAAGUUUGUAUCGCAUGAAUCAACAGGUCAACCAGCAGCAACAACAACAGCAACAUCAACAACAACAGCAGCAACAACAUCAACAGCAACAACACCAACAAUCAUCACACUUGCAAAAUCAAAAUGUACAAAAUCAAUUGCAACAACGUUCGGAAAGCAUUUAUGGUGUACGUUCGGCCAAUAGACAAAGUCAGCCACCACAUCAAGGACAAAUGCCCCAUCAUCUUACCGGCCAACUUAUGCAACAUCAACCACCACCACAGCCCCAGGGAAAUCAACAACAACAGCAGCAGCAACAUCAACAACAUCUUGCCCAACAAACCCAAGAUAGUGGUCCUCAAAGUUUCCAAUCAGUUUACGGUACCAGACAAAAUCCCAAUCCCACUGAUGGCAAUGUAAAAUUCGAUCGUCGUCCUGAAUCAGUCUAUGGUAUGACUGUUCCCCGCAAUCGUGGCCAAUCAGCACAAUCUGACGACAGUUCAUAUGGUUCGUACCAUGGUUCUUCAAUGACUCCACCAGCACGUAUUCCAAGCACUGAACCACCAAUGAUAAUGUAUGCCCCACCACCACAACCUAAUCAACAUCAAGUUUCGUCUGCCACUAAUCCCCCACCAAUUAGAACUCAGUCGGAACGUAAGGUGUCCACACCAGUGGUGGUGUCUCAAGCGCCGUCAAUGACUUCAACUACCACAACAAUUGGACAAUUCUCCACUAGUCAGGGUGCACCAGCUCCACAUGCACCGCAACCAACAACGCAACAACAACAGCAGCAGCAACAACAGCAAAUGAUGGUGCAACAUCAUCAUCAGCAGCAACAACAACAACAGCCACCACCACAGCAGCAACCUCCACCACCUGCUCACCCCCAGCAACACAAUCAGCACUAUGGCAUGUUACCCAUGAGACCCAAUUGAAAAAGGCUUUCCUGGAGCCCUGCUCUGCAUAAACAAGACGAAAUAGAAGAUACAAUUUCCAAAGCAACAUGAGAGUUAGUCAUUCAAGGUUUCUUUAAGGCAUAA